AUGACAGAGAAUGAGAGAGCAUUGCCAGAACAUCAUCUGGAACACACAUUUGACUUUGCAGAGGAGUGGAAAGAAGAUGGAUUGUGGAAUCUGUUCCCCAGUGAAAAGUUAGAUCUCAUGGCAGACAGAGGCUGGGAAAAUCAAACAAUUAAGACAGAAUUCAUCCUUCUGGGAUUUCAGUAUCUUCCUACACUUCAGGUCCUUCUUUUUCUGGUGUUACUUUUGAUCUACAUAAUGACUAUGUCUGGCAACAUCCUCAUCAUUGCAUUGGUUGCAACUGAUCGGCACCUGCACACUCCCAUGUACUUCUUCCUGGGGAAUUUGUCCUGCUUGGAGACCUUCUACACUUCAACCAUCUUGCCCAGGGUGCUGGCCAGCCUACUGACUGGGGACAGAACCAUCUCUGGUCGAUGCUGCAUCACGCAGCUGUAUUUUUUUGCUUUUCUAGCAGCUACUGAAUGCUAUCUUUUAGCCAUGAUGUCCUAUGAUCGGUAUUUAGCAAUAUGUAAACCACUGCAUUAUACAAAUCAUAUGAAUGGUGUGCUCUGCAUUCAGCUGGCAGCUGGGUCUUGGGUAAGUGGGUGUUUGGCUAGUACGAUCACAAAUAUUUUGAUGUCAAAAUUAACAUUCUGUGGUCCCAAGGAAAUAGACCAUUUCUUUUGUGAUUUUCCCUCAAUAAUCCACCUAUCUUGUAGUGAUACCCAUCUCCUAGAACUUAUAGUUUACACAUUUGCUGCUAUAUUUACCUUGCCUCCCUUUCUAUUAACGCUUCUUUCCUAUGCCUAUAUCAUUGUUACCAUUUUAAGAAUGCCUUCCACUAUGGGCAGGCACAAGGCAUUUUCCACCUGCUCUUCUCACCUUAUUGUGGUGACACUUUUUUAUGGGACUAUCAUGUUAGUGUAUUUGUUGCCCAAAACUGUCAUGCUUAGAGACCUGAGCAAAAUAUUCUCUGUCUUUUACUCCGUCGUGACUCCCUUGGUUAAUCCCAUCAUCUACAGCUUGAGAAACAAAGAGGUCAAGGAGGCCCUGAAGAAGGUCAUCCAUAAAUUUAUGACUGUACAAGGAUAUUGGAUCAGUUUUCUUUUGAGGUUUAUUUUAAAGAGAAAUUAA